AUGAAUUCCGCUGGUUUCACUCUACGAAAAUGGAGCUCCAACUGUGCCGAGAUCCUUUCAAGCAUUCCCGAGGAACUACGAGAUGAACGAGCUACUCUGGAAUUGGAUUCGUCGUCAUCACCAGUCAAAACUCUCGGCCUCAUUUGGGAACCUGCUACCGACAUGUUUCGAUAUGCUGUGCCACAAUGGAACCCUCAAACUCCAAUCACUAAGCGAAUCGUGCUUUCUGACGCUGCACGGAUCUUCGACCCGCUUGGUCUUAUUGGCCCAGUAGUGGUACAAGCCAAAAUAUUCCUCCAGUCGUUAUGGAAGCAAAGCUGCGAUUGGGAUGAUCCGCUUCCGGAAGAAUUCCAGAACUAUUGGCUUGAGUUUCGUCGGAAUACUAUCGCGCUCGAAUCACUCAAGAUUCCAAGGUGGACCUGUUACACUCAAGGUCUACUCAGUGUAGAAAUACAUGGAUUCUGUGAUGCAUCGGAGGCAGCAUAUGGUGCAUGUUUGUAUCUUCGCUGUGUGUCGAAUAGCGGAGAAAUCAGCGUUCGGCUGAUUACGUCAAAGUCCAGAGUUGCGCCAUUAGAAGACCUGACCCGCAAAAAGAAGAGACAGUCGAUACCGCGCCUCGAAUUAUCGUCAGCUUUGUUGCUGAGCCACCUCUAUGAAAAGGUUACUGGCAGUCUUCAACUCCCGCAUCAAUCAUUCUUCUGGACCGAUUCGAUGAUUGUCAAGUGCUGGUUAUCGUCAUUACCUUCCCGUUGGCAAGUUUUUGUUGGAAACCGUGUUUCUGAAAUACAGCACAUUACCAAGGAAGGCGAAUGGAACCACGUUGCCGGGGUCGAAAACCCUGCCGACAUUCUCUCUCGUGGUACAACGGCUGCUCAAAUACAGCCGUCGUGGUUCGAAGGUCCCAUUUGGCUUCGUCAAGAUCGUUCAACAUGGCCGAAACCCUCGUCAACACAACCACCAAUAGAUAGUGCACUGCUGGAAGAACGUAGCACGAUAUCUCUCCCUUCUCGCGUGACUCCGCCAAACGAACUUUUCUCGCUCCGGUCAUCGCUCACUGAUUUGGUUCGUCUAGUGGCAUGGCUUCGUAGAUUCGUGCACAAUAGCUCACCACGCAAUCGCUCAACUAGGCAGGAAGGACGCCUGUCCCUGAGAGAGUUGGAUGACUCGCUAACUCACCUCGUCCGAAUCUCUCAAAAGGAGAGCUUCCCAGAAGAAUUUGCGGAUUUGACGCGGAGUCGGCAGCUGAAAUCAUCCUCCAAGUUGUCGCUUUUGAAUCCCGUCGUCAUAGAUGGAACACUCCGCGUCGGCGGCCGGCUGGCAAAUGCACCGAUUUCAGAAUUUCGAAAGCACCCGAUGAUUUUGCAUCACCAACAUCCGUUAGCUGCACUAGUAACUCGGCAUUAUCAUCUAAAACUCCUUCAUGCUGGUCAACAACUCCUCAUCGCUUCAGUCAGAGAAAAAUUCUGGCCUACAAAUGCUCGAAAUCUGGCACGCAAGAUUUGCCACCAAUGCGUGGACUGCUUCCGCAGUAAGCCAAAGGUGCAGGAGCAGUUAAUGGCAGAUUUGCCGGCUGUCCGAGUAAACCCCUCAGCAGUCUUUUGGAAGGUAGGAGUAGAUUUGUGUGGUCCCUUCUACAUCAAGUACCCGAUCCGUCGAAGUCCAGCAGUCAAGUCUUACGUAGCGAUUUUCGUUUGCCUAGCGACAAAGGCGGUCCAUAUGGAGAUAGUUGCUGAUUUGUCUACUCAGGCAUUUCUCUCCGCCUUCAGGAGAUUCGUCGCGUGCCGUGGAAAACCACACACGGUAAUGUGCGACAAUGCGACUAACUUUGUCGGCGCCAACAGAGAACUUGAGGACCUCCGUCGUCAAUUCCUGGAUCAGCAAUUCCAGCGCACCAUCACUCGUUCAGCAGAAGAUGAUGGCAUUAGGUUCGAAUUCAUUCCUGCACGUUCUCCAAAUUUCGGAGGAUUGUGGGAGGCGGCCGUGAAAUCGUUCAAGGGUCACUUCCGGAGGACCAUUGGUACUAGGCAGUUGAGCUACGACGAGCUGAACACUAUCGUACAACAAGUUGCAGCCAUACUGAAUUCUCGCCCGCUAACGCCUCUGAGUAACGACCCCGACGACUUUUCGGCACUGACUCCCGGCCACUUUCUGAUCGGAAGGCCUCUAACCGCUGUUCCGGAGCCCGAUCUACAAGGAAUACCGGAGAAUCGUUUGGCUGUGUGGCAAAGGUCCCAAGAGUUCGUUCAGAGGCUGUGGAAAACAUGGAAAACCCACUAUCUGUCCGAUCUCCAUAACCGGACAAAAUGGACGAAACAGCGCGAUAACGUCAAGAUAGGCACAAUGGUGCUUGUCAAGGAGGACAACCUGCCACCACAGCGAUGGCAGCUAGGACGAGUAGCGGAAAUCUUCCCUGGAUCGGACGACAAUGUCCGAGUAGUAACCGUCCGCACAAAGGAUGGGUCCUUCAAGAGGGGCAUUUCAAAAAUUUGUGUGCUUCCAAUUCGGGACAACGCGUCCACAUCAGAAGAGUUCUAA